CGCUCAGUAUAGUGAUACACUUUGUGCUGUCCCGUUAACUUAUAGACACAGCCCACUAAGCUCCGCCCAGUGUUCAGAGCAGUUGACCGUGUCGUUGAUUCGGUGAAUGAAGAAAACCCUCCCGGAACCAGGAUGUUCUCUUUGGCCACAUUAGGCCAAAUUGGAGCCCGGCGAGUUGUGACCACAACUCGAGGGAGAUUUAUGAAUUAUGGCAGGUGCCAGUUUACCUGUUUUCCAGAAUGUCAAUUUGUCCCUAGGACCAGAAACGGGGGCCGGUCCUUUUCCUUCUCCUCCUCCCUCAACUAUUACAGAUGCUUUAGUGCAACAGCUGCUCAUUGGAAUGCUUCAUCAUCACCUACAGACAAUCAGAAAACACCUUCCUACAGUUAUAUCAUUGUUGGGGCAGGGUCAGCAGGCUGCGUUCUUGCCAACCGCCUCAGCGAGGAUGCCCAUGAGUCUGUGCUGCUGCUGGAGGCUGGGCCGAAGGACAAGUUCCUAGGCAGCUUACGACUAUCAUGGAAGAUCCACAUGCCAGCUGCGGUGACCUACAACCUCUGUGAUGACAAGUAUAACUGGUACUACCACACUUUACCUCAGGCCCACAUGGACGACCGGGUGAUGUACUGGCCGAGGGGCCGUGUCUGGGGCGGGUCCUCUUCCCUCAACGCCAUGGUGUACAUCCGUGGACACGCUGAAGACUACAACCGCUGGCAGAGAGAGGGGGCCGAGGGCUGGGAUUAUGAACACUGUCUGCCUUACUUCAAGAGGGCUCAGUACCAUGAGCUGGGAGAAAACAGGUACCGGGGAGGCAGCGGACCUCUUCAUGUGUCUAGAGGGAAGACCAACCAUCCCCUUCACAAGGCUUUUAUUGAGGCGGGGCAGCAGGCAGGAUACCCCUUCACUGAUGACAUGAACGGAUACCAGCAGGAGGGCCUGGGCUGGAUGGACAUGACCAUUCAUAAAGGAAAGAGGUGGAGCACAGCCAGUGCCUACCUGAGACCCGUCCUGGGUCGACCCAACCUGAAGACGGAGGUACGCUGCCUGACCACCAAGAUCCUGUUUGAUGGCCACCGUGCCAUGGGCGUGGAAUACACACAGAAUGGACAAAAGAAAAGGGUGUUUGCUGAUAAAGAGGUGAUAUUAAGUGGAGGAGCCAUCAACUCCCCUCAGCUUCUCAUGCUCUCUGGGGUGGGAAACGCCGAUGACCUGAAACAACUCGACAUCCCUGUAGUUCAGCACUUACCAGGUGUUGGCAGUAACUUGCAGGAUCAUUUGGAACUGUACAUCCAGCAGCAGUGCACUCAGCCCAUCACCCUGUACAAGGCCCAGAAACCUUUUCACAUGGUUAAGAUAGGCCUGGAGUGGCUCGCCCAGUUCACUGGUUACGGAGCAACAGCCCACUUAGAAAGCGGAGGGUUCAUCCGCAGUCGACCACACGUCACACACCCCGACAUCCAGUUUCACUUCCUGCCCUCUCAGGUCAUUGAUCAUGGACGAGUUUCCUCCAAGAUAGAGGCGUAUCAGGUUCAUGUCGGACCAAUGAGAAGCACCAGUAUCGGCUGGAUGAAGCUGAAGAGCGCCAACCCUUUGGAUCACCCGCUUCUGCAGCCCAACUAUCUCUCCACUGAUAUUGACGUGUGGGAGUUCAGGGAGUCUGUCAAACUCUCCAGAGAGAUUUUUGCCCAGAAAGCUUUCGACACUUUCCGGGGUCCCGAAGUCCAGCCCGGUCCACAGGUCCAAUCCAACGCCGACAUCGAUGCUUUUGUCCGCCAAAAAGCUGACAGCGCCUACCACCCAUCCUGCACCUGCAAGAUGGGCUCGCCAUCCGACCCGAUGGUGGUCGUCGACUCGAACACGCGUGUUCUGGGUCUGGAGCGGCUGCGUGUGGUCGACGCCUCCAUCAUGCCCAGCAUCGUCAGCGGCAACCUGAAUGCUCCAACCAUCAUGAUGGCAGAGAAGGCUGCUGACAUCAUCAGAGGUCGCCCUCCUCUCGUUGACCCAGGGGUUCCCGUGUACCGACCGCCAACACUCGAUACACAGAGAUGAACAAAGAGAAGGAGGAGCUGAAGGACAGGGUUAACAGCUGGCAACAUUUAGCACACGAGUAAAGGGUACGUGUGGGUCAGAAACAGUUCACAACAUAAUCAGUCAUUAGGCAACAACAGGAGUGAACAGCUGAUAAUUUUGCCCUUGAUCUGAUAUUGUAAUAAUAAUGUGAGUAUGUUGUCUUGUUAACACAUCUGAUUUGCACACAACUGUUAGAUUUGUAGUCACAGGUUAACAAAAAUUAUGAAGGGCUGAUCUACGCGAUCUUAAUUCAAGGCCAUAAUGGUGAUGAAUAUAGUUUAUAUAUGAAAUUGAGUUUUACAAGUAUUUAAUUUGACGUCCUGACUGUCGUCUGAUUAGGAAACAGUGGCUCUGUCACUUCCUUAUUUUUUCAUUGAUGAAUUUAGUCUUAUUUUCCAUUCUGAAUUAUGUAUUUCUUUAGUAAUCUUAGAGCUAAUAUGAUGAAACUUGCAGGCACCAUGAAAAUGGUUUCCUCCCAUGCCUAGUUAGUGAGCUUUCAAUGACUAAAACCAAGUGUUUGCUCAGGUUACCUGAAUGGACUGGCCAAUUCUGAAGAUCAUCAUAUUUGAAGAUCAUCAGAUUUGAUUUAACAGACACUUGAUUUUACUUGCAAUUCAACGGAACUUUAUAGAACUGACCCACACUUUUUUUCCUGCCUCAUUGUUCUAGUCACUCUGAAUGUAAUGGAAAAUUGUACCUCGGAAAAUUUUACUUAAUUUACCUGGCAUUACCUUGUUGAAUAUGAACAGUGCAGCAACUUUUACAUGUUAGUGUGUGUGUGUGUGUGUGUGUGCGCUCUGAAGGUCAUAUGUCUUACAAACUACACAAGACUACAGUGAAUUUUAAGCCUUACAAAACAACUCUGACAUAAAUAAUGCCUUAAAAUACUUGCCUUUCCUUUAAAACUGACAUUGCUUAUAUAACAUUUCAACCACACUCUAUUAUACUGAGUUAAUCCACGGCGAGGUUGAAAUUCCACGAUACAUGAAAUGUUUUUAAUAGGGUCUAUAUUUUUAAAAUGGAAAGAAAACACCACUGUACACUCAUGUGCUACUCAUAUUCAUUUGUUUCAUUUUGUUUGUAGUGUUUUUACAUCAGCCUUUCUAGAUUGUAUCUCGUCACCAAAUAUUGUUCACAGCGGCAUUCAGCCAACACCCAAGCCAUGACGAUCAUGAUCAUGACUGAUCAUUGCUCUUGUUAUCUGACUGCUGAUCAGUAACCUCAGUUUCAUGCAGACUGCUUACUCAUACAGUCUCAGCAGCACUUUUUGUUUUGUCUGUUCAGAUCAGUCAUCACCUAGGUAACAUCCCUCUUCUGUUGUAAAACAUUGCCGAUUCAACAUUUUGAUAAAAUACAGUUUUUGUUGGUUUGUUGCACGCAUUUUAAAUCAGCAAGAAGAUAAACAAGAGUACAUUUAAUUCCACUUGUAAAAAAAGAAAAAAGAGUAAUUUAGUGUCUUCUCGUCUUGUUUCACAUUAGAGUUUUAAAACACAGUUUGUUGGAGCCAUAUCCCCAUGCUGUACUCUUGAAAAUUCCAGGGUAUGUAGUCCCUCCACUGUAAAAACUUGAGAUUCAUCAAGUUGUUGAUGUAACAGACACAUGCAUUUGGCAACCAGGUGUUUCUGCAUCAGUGUAAAGCUGUGAUUCAUCUCAUUACCUACAGAAGCAAUAACAAAGAGAUGGAACAGAUGGGCAAAAGCUGACACAGCUCAAUAGCACCCCACUAGCAUUAUUUUAACAUUUUCAAAGACGUGCUCAGAGUUGUUUUUCUGCUUUUGUCUGGGUCCAGAGUUAGAUUUGAUUUGCUCAGGACUCAAACUCAACUGGUCCUGGUCUCGGAACUGACUUAGACCUGAGGGUGCUUUCUCACUGGCAGUUUCGUACACAUCUGGAAGGGGUUUGCCUAAAAAUCUGGUGUGAACUUGAAUUUAGUUGCAUACAUUGUUUCCAAACCCUGGGUUAGGACCAAGAAACCAUACCAGAGUCAGUUUUUAAACUGUGGUAGGAUCCAUGUGCAGGGCUACAAUCCUCAUACUUACAGGAAGAAAAUGAAUGUUCUCAUGUUGGGAAACCAUUAUUUGUGGUAUUCUUGCUUUGUUGACAAGACAACAGUAGAGAUAAAAUCCCUCACAGAUAUGAGCAGAGAAACACGUUCAACUCCAGAACAGAAGUAAACAGGAGUUCGAGAGAGGACAAUCAAACAGUGGUUCAAACUCAACAAGGCUGGAAUUAGAGUUUUGCAUUGCCCCCAAAAUAUGAUUUCAUAACACAAUCAUAGUCUUGACUUGAAGCAGUUAAAGGAACAACCUUUUUAAAUGCUUGGCAUCACUGCAUACAUACAAUAGAAGAUUAAAACUGAUCCUUUGUGAGAGUCGUCAUGCUGUUGGUUGCUUUGGGUGAUCCAUGUUAUGGCUUUACCUUUGCUGUUCAAUCCUCAAGUAUUACAGCUCACAGCUUUUAGUUGCCUUUUGGUUCAGGCCAGUCUGUUAGCUGUUUAAUCUAAGUAGCAUUAAAUGCAAAUUAUAGCUCAGAAUAUCAAAUCUGGCUAGUAUAGAUCUAGUGUUGAACUGCUCUUUAUGUAAAAUAACACUAAAAUGACUAAAAACUAAACUACACUAAAACACAUUUUCAGUGUCAUUCUUGUGUAUAUACAUUUUUUCUAAAUGUAUUGAGGAUGUUUAUAAAGCUUUUGAAGAUGACUGUGUAUAACUGAUCAGAGACCGUUGGUGCCUGUAAGAUCAUUAUAUUCUGAUGUCAGUGUGAAUUACUGUAUAUACAGUAUGUGGUGUUUAGAUUUUAGAAUCAGCUUCACUGAAAAUCUUCCUCUAAUUUAUACAUGAAGUAUUGAUUUAGAUUAACUUCACAUUCUUUUGUUAUCAGCUCUAAUGGAAAACGCCAAGUGCUAGAAUGAAUUAUGAUUUUCACUACACUAUGAAAUAUGACAGUUAUUGUUUACAUUAUAUGCAGUGUUGUACAAUAUUACAUGAAUGUUUGAAUCAUUUGUAUCCUAAUGAAGGAGUAACACGGGGAUCGUAAAGGGAAAUUGAUUGUGAAAAUUCUUGCAGCGUAUGUUGGCAUGUUUGUUUGUUUUUUCUUCUUGAUUGUAAACAAACACUUCAAACCGUCCGGACCUUGUCCUCGUGACUUUAUUCAGUGAUCCUUACAAAAAUCCUCAGCAGGUUCAUUGUCAUUUCAGGCAAGAAUUCAAAUGUACAAAACAGGGUUUUUGUUUUCCAUUGGUACAAAAUCUAUAAGGUACUAGUAGUUAUGCUACAAAGUAGAUAGAACUAUAUUUUUAAAUUUCCAAACAACAAAUGGAUAGAAAGCAGAAAUCUUCAAGUUCAUCACUUACUUUUUACAAACACUGUACAGAUUGUAUACGUUGUUUCAUAGACAUCUGUAAAGCAUUGGAACAGUACGAAAAAAAUAAAGCUGUCAGUUGCACAACAAA